AGCGGGUAGCGGGGAAGCGAGGGGAGGAGAGCUCUGAGGGGGAAGCGGAGCCGGCGGGGGCCUGGAACCCGUCGCAUCAGAGCCAGGCAAGUGAACCGGAGCAAACGACUUCCGAUCCAGUCCUCGCUGCUGCGGCGGCUCCCGUUUGGGAUUUGAUUUGCUGCAUCUUCGAGACCGUACAACAAAAAACCGCGAAGCAAGCCCAGCCCGCUCCCGGCUCCCCGACACGCAUCCACUCCCUCUCGGGGACACAGCUGGGCGCGUCCACACCCCCGCACCCCCACACCAUGCUGUUGUGCGGAAGGACUUCCACUCCCUGCCUGUGUCGUUGAUGUCAGACCCCAGGCCAGCCUCCGGGCGCUGCAGUUGUCCCGGCUAACGCUGAGGCUGCGGCUCCGGCUCUAGCACAGGAACCGCCGCCGCUCCCGCCCCAGCGCCCGUCGUCUGCAUGCGCCUGCAUUAGCCGUCCGCUCAGCCCGCAGCCCGCGCUUGCCGGAGCGCUGGAGACCACCGCGGGGGCCCCUUCUGCCCUUGGGAGAAGUGGUCUUGGAGGUAUUGAUUUCGGCGGUUGGAUUUUUCCCGUGGAUCUAUCAAUUCAAGAUUCGAAUUUGGAAGAAAAAAGGAAAACAUGACGUCUCCAGCCAAAUUCAAAAAAGAUAAGGAGAUCAUAGCAGAGUACGAUACUCAGGUCAAAGAGAUUCGUGCUCAGCUCACAGAGCAGAUGAAAUGCCUGGACCAGCAAUGUGAGCUCCGGGUGCAGCUGUUGCAGGACCUCCAGGACUUCUUCCGAAAGAAGGCUGAGAUUGAGAUGGACUACUCUCGCAACCUAGAGAAGCUGGCCGAGCGCUUCCUGGCCAAGACACGCAGCACCAAAGACCAGCAGUUCAAGAAGGAUCAGAAUGUCCUCUCUCCAGUCAACUGCUGGAAUCUCCUCUUAAACCAGGUGAAGCGAGAGAGCCGGGACCACACUACCCUGAGUGACAUCUACUUGAACAAUAUCAUCCCCCGGUUUGUGCAAGUCAGCGAGGACUCAGGGAGACUCUUUAAAAAGAGUAAAGAAGUCGGCCAGCAGCUCCAAGAUGAUUUGAUGAAGGUCCUGAACGAGCUCUACUCGGUCAUGAAGACAUAUCACAUGUACAAUGCUGACAGCAUCAGUGCUCAGAGCAAACUCAAGGAAGCGGAGAAGCAGGAGGAGAAACAAAUUGGCAAAUCGGUCAAGCAGGAGGACCGGCAGACCCCUCGCUCCCCUGACUCCUCGUCGAACGUUCGCAUCGAGGAGAAGCACGUCCGGAGGAGCUCGGUGAAGAAGAUUGAGAAGAUGAAGGAGAAGCGCCAAGCCAAGUACACGGAGAAUAAGCUGAAGGCCAUUAAAGCCCGGAAUGAGUACUUGCUGGCUCUGGAGGCAACCAAUGCGUCUGUCUUCAAGUACUACAUCCACGACCUGUCGGACCUUAUUGAUCAGUGUUGUGACCUGGGCUACCACGCCAGCCUGAACCGGGCCCUGCGCACCUUCCUCUCCGCCGAGUUAAACCUGGAGCAGUCAAAGCACGAGGGCCUGGACGCCAUCGAGAACGCAGUAGAGAACCUGGAUGCCGCCAGCGACAAGCAGCGACUCAUGGAGAUGUGCAACAACGUCUUCUGUCCACCUAUGAAGUUUGAGUUCCAGCCCCACAUGGGGGACAUGACUUCCCAGCUCUGUGCCCAGCAGCCUGUCCAGAGUGAGUUGGUACAAAGAUGCCAACAACUGCAGUCACGUUUAUCCACCCUGAAGAUUGAAAACGAAGAGGUGAAGAAGACAAUGGAGGCCACCCUGCAGACCAUCCAGGACAUUGUGACCGUCGAGGAUUUCGACGUAUCUGACUGCUUCCAGUACAGCAACUCCAUGGAAUCCGUCAAAUCCACAGUCUCCGAGACGUUCAUGAGCAAGCCCAGCAUUGCCAAGAGGAGAGCCAACCAGCAGGAGACGGAGCAGUUCUACUUCACGAAAAUGAAGGAGUAUCUGGAGGGCAGGAACCUCAUCACCAAGUUACAAGCCAAGCACGACCUGCUGCAGAAAACGCUGGGCGAGAGUCAGCGGACAGAUUGCAGCCUGGCCAGGCGUAGCUCCACCGUGAGGAAACAGGAUUCCAGCCAGGCGAUUCCUCUGGUGGUAGAAAGCUGUAUCCGAUUCAUCAGCAGACACGGGCUGCAGCAUGAAGGGAUUUUCCGGGUGUCGGGAUCCCAGGUGGAAGUGAAUGACAUCAAAAACGCCUUUGAGAGAGGAGAGGACCCCCUGGCUGGGGACCAGAAUGACCAUGACAUGGACUCCAUAGCUGGCGUCUUGAAGCUUUACUUCCGGGGGCUGGAACACCCUCUCUUCCCCAAGGACAUCUUCCAUGACCUGAUCGCCUGUGUCACCAUGGACAACUUGCAGGAGAGAGCGCUGCACAUCCGGAAAGCCCUCCUGGCCCUGCCCAAGACCACGCUGAUCGUCAUGAGAUACCUCUUUGCUUUCCUCAACCACUUAUCACAGUUCAGUGAGGAGAACAUGAUGGACCCCUACAACCUGGCCAUCUGCUUCGGGCCCUCUCUGAUGUCAGUGCCUGAGGGCCACGACCAGGUGUCCUGCCAAGCCCACGUGAACGAGCUCAUCAAAACCAUCAUCAUGCAGCACGAGAACAUCUUCCAGAACCCCAGGGAGCUGGAGGGCCCUGUCUACAGCAGAGGAGGAAGCACGGAGGAUUGCUGUGAUGGCCCUCAGGGAGAGACUACCUCGGCCGAAGACUCAACCCAGGAUGUGACUACGGAACACCACAUGAGCGAUGACGAGUGCGAGCCCAUCGAGGCCAUUGCCAAGUUUGACUACGUGGGCCGCACCGCCAGAGAGCUGUCCUUCAAGAAGGGGGCAUCACUGCUGCUGUACCAGCGGGCUUCCGACGACUGGUGGGAGGGCCGGCACAACGGCAUCGAUGGACUCAUCCCCCAUCAGUACAUCGUAGUCCAAGACACCGAGGACGGUGUCGUGGAGAGGUCCAGCCCCAAGUCUGAGAUUGAGGUCAUUUCUGAGCCACCUGAAGAAAAGGUGACAGCCAGAGCGGGGGCCAGCUGUCCCAGUGGGGGUCAUGUAGCCGAUAUCUAUCUUGCAAACAUCAACAACGCCUUACACCUGGAGAGGUCAAAACUCACAGCCGCCAAGCAGAGGAAGCGUCCAGAGCCUGGGAGCAUCCGGAAAACAUUUCGGAGUGAGGGCCACGGGCUGACUGACUCUUCCUCCCCGGGGGUGGGGGCUAGCUGCCGCCCAUCCUCCCAGCCCAUCAUGAGCCAGAGCCUCCCCAAGGAAGGGCCGGAUAAGUGCUCCGUCACCGGGCACGGGAGCCUCAACUCCAUCAGCCGCCACUCAUCCCUGAAGAACCGGCUGGACAGUCCACAGAUCCGGAAGACAGUGACGGCAGGAAGGUCAAAGAGCUUCAAUAAUCACCGGCCCAUGGACCCAGAGGUCAUUGCACAGGAUAUCGAGGCGACCAUGAACUCUGCCCUGAAUGAGCUGCGGGAGCUAGAACGGCAGAGCAGUGUCAAGCACACUCCGGACGUGGUUCUGGACACCCUGGAGCCCCUCAAGACCUCCCCCGUGGUGGCCCCCACCUCGGAGCCCUCCAGCCCCCUGCACACCCAGCUCCUCAAGGACCCCGAGCCCGCCUUCCAGCGCAGCGCCAGCACAGCGGGUGACAUCGCCUGCGCCUUCCGGCCUGUCAAGCCUAUCAAGAUGGCAGCCCCCCUCAAACCGCCAGCCACCCGCCCCAAGCCCGUCGUCUUCCCCAAAGCAAGCACCACUGGCCCCGCUGCCAACUCACCAGCCUCCCCACAGCCCCCUGACAAGUCCUGUACAGUCUGAUGGGUCUAAUUUAAUUCUUCUAGAUAGGGGGACUGUAGGGACUGGAGACUGUUAUUAAAACCUUCCUAUUUAACUAGCUUGGGGACUGCAGUUCAGUUGAAAAUUAGAUUCUAAGUUGUUCUUGCAGGAAUUAGCCUUCCUAUCACCCCAAACCCUGAGAAUGACGCCCUUGUGAACGCCGCCCUUCCCUUCCCACCCAACACCCUCUGCUUCCCUGCCGCCGUGGUCAUGCAGCCAGCUGCAACGCCGCCGCCCUUAGACCAGCCAGAGAUAGACCUCAUUCAUCCGUCGUCAGGUCACUGUGAAAUCUGGCCCGGCCAGUUGUGAAGCCAGGGGCUGCCGUCCCAGUACCCCGGGGGUAUGGACGCUUUGACCAGAUGGUUGGCUGUUGACAUCCGCCUCCCAGUGGCAUCUUGUCUUGGGUACUGAUUAUAGAGAAUCACAUAUAGUCCAUUCUUUGUUUUACACACACACACACACACACACACACACAUUUAUGUACACACACGUGUACACACUCACGUAGGCUUUUCUAGUCCGGCAUGUGUAGCCUUCCCUGGUCUCUUUGUAAGUUAUGGUGGCAGUUCACACCAGAGCCACCAGGGGUCUCUGUUUCCGUUAACAACCCUAGUCCUGUCCGGGCCAGAGAGCCUAGCCUUUGAACUCUCUCUCUCUCUCCCUAUCUCUCUCUCUCAUGAAGUCUUAGCCAGGUGGGGCGCAGUCCUGGCCUUGUGGGGGCUAGGACCUUCCUCCCAGUCUUCUCUCGGUGUGAAUUCAUCACUGGUGGUUGCUUUUGCUCUCCCCCUUCCUCCAGCGGUGCAGCCCGUCUGCCCGAGGAGGUUCUGCAGUGUUUGGGGAUGGACUGCCGUUCCUCAGGGUGCUGGCCCUGGCCGUUUCCCUGGACAGGACAGGCUCAGAGCCAGCUCCUCUAAGGGCAAAGUGUCUUAUUCCUGGCAGGUUUCAAAAGGGUUAAGAAGUAGGCCUUUCUCCUUCAUUAUUUAGCACUUAAAACAUAAAACUCAUUAUCCUAUAUAUAGAUAUAUGAUUAAAUCAACUUCGCUAACCUCCAGAUCGCUGCCCAGACAGACUCAUUCUAAAUUUGCCCUUUAGUUUGGUUACUAUACAAGGCCUCUCUUUAGGGACAGAGGGGGCUUGGAGCAAGGCCAUACUCUGAUCCAAGAGGCAGGAUCCCAUCCACACAGGACCAGCUAAGGGCGUUUCGACCCCGCAGCUCUUAAGUCUUCCUAAGGCCAGACUCUGAGGAAACUAAGACCAUGGUUGCUGUCGUGUAGCCUGCUUUCCUGAUUCCCUGCGGAGGUGAAAAGGAUGGGCCCCCUCCCAACCCCUCUUAUCUCCCUGACGGAGACCCUCUCUCCGGGCUCACAGGUCUGACGGCGCCUUGAGCAACAGCUGAAGCUCAGCCCCAGGUUUCUGACUCUAGAGGUACGUGUGUGGUUGCACUGUCUCCUACACUACACGUCCAUCAGGAGAGCUGGUGGGUAGCCAUCUGCGAGGGAACUCAGAAUUGUCUUGGAUCUGUUAGGAAGCAACAUUUUGAAGUUGGUAGCUGGCUCUCUGGAAGGCGGUAGCUUUCCACUCUGUGCAGGUGACAGGAGCUCUGGGCUCUGGAAUGAGAAGGUGUUCUGCAGCUCCUGGGGUGAGGGGUCCAGCUCAAGAGCUGGAGGGAGAGCUGAGGCAUCCUGCACAGAGUGAGCCUGCCCGCCCGCCGCCUUUGAGUCCUUGGGUCUAGUGGCCUGCCCUGCGCUGUCCUCGGCUUACGUGGGGACUGCUGUCGCCAGCGAUCUCUGGCCUCAGCCAAAGACAAAACCAGGCCCUUCACCUUCCGCUCCUCGUCAUCCGCCUGUUAGCUUGGUGCUCGCGGCAGCCCCAAAGCGCACCCUAACGACGAAGUUGAGGAGCUGCCCUUGUUUCUGUUCCGUCCUCACAGGUGGCUUGUGUUCGCCCUCUCCCCAGUCAGUGCCCGCCUGCUGGUUUGUGUCAUGGACCCCCAGCCUCCUCAACAAACCAAGUCUUAGCCCCUGGCCCGGGUGCUGAGUGGUCUUCCCCAUUGCUGGCACUCUUGACCCCUGUGAGGUGGUCCUGUCACGAGGCCCAGGGACCCUCCUCUCCAGCACGCUCACUGCAAUCAGCUGGGGUUGAGGUCACGCACUGUCAUUUUACACUGACAAGCCAGGAGCCCGCUCCCCGGGCUGAGAGAGACCAGCCCAUCUCCGUUACGUUUGCCUAGGCCAGCGAGACAUGUCCCAGAGCCCUGCUCUGCCCCUCUUCCACAGCAGGGACCCUCUUCCUGCUGUGAACUCUGAUGGGCCAGUCCUUGCAGGGGAGGAGUGGAGAGAGGGGCUACCAGCAUCUCAAGGUGGAAAACAGAGGGGUUUGCAGCCAGCAGCCUGUCAACUGGAAACCCUGGUCUCGGCCAACCUCCUCAGGGCACCCUGGUUCCCCCCAAGGAGAAGAGAGCGAACACCAGCACCCGGACGUGCAGACCCCCGGAGGGCUGGUGCACGCACUGCCUGUUCCGAAAAGAAGUGUAGAUCUUGCAGGGAAUUGCAAUGUUGUGGCGUCCGACUUGUAUGUCACGUUUGUGUAACAUGGUAUAUUCCUUAAACAUAGUGUUGAAAACUGGAAUAUUGUAUGUAUGCUUGGAGAUGCUUUGUAUGAACCUGAGACUGUCACUUAACAGAUGUCGGAUUGGGGAAAAUCCAAAGCACAACUUCAAAAUAAAAUACAUUUUUAGGUU